AUGCCUCGUGGGACGCUUGAAGUUAUUCUCAUCAGCGCAAAAGACCUUCAUGACAGUGAUUUUUUCAAGAAAAUGGAUCCUUAUGUGAUUCUCACUUAUCGGACACAGGAGCACAGAAGCAGUGUGGCCAAAGGUGCAGGAUCUAAAGCCCAUUGGAAUGAAAGCUUCCUUUUCACAGUUUCUGACAGUGUUUCUGAACUUAAUCUGAGGCUAAUGGACAAGGAUUCGUUAACUAAUGAUGAUUUCCUUGGCCAAACAAAAAUUAAUCUGGAAACAGUGUUUGCUGAGGGGACCAUUCCAGAAACUGCUUACAACGUUGUGAAGGAGCAGGAGUAUUGUGGGGAGCUUAAAGUGGCUCUCACCUUUAAUUCUGAGAGAAGCAGUGAAGUGGACUAUGGCAAAGACAAUUUCAGCUAG